AUGUCGGGAAGUACGAAUCCCAAUCAACGCGCAGACAAUGGCAGCGGUAGUGAUGCAUCGCGCACAUCGAUAGCGGUCAUCGGCAGCGGUAUGGCGGGUCUGGUGACUGCGUACCUGCUGCAGCGCGAUGAGAACCAUAGCCGGAAAUUUGAUAUUGAAGUCUUUGAAUCGCAAGAAACAUUAUCUCUAGACUCGGCGUCUGUGACCAUUGAAUCAAAGGAUGGAGGGGCCGCACAGCACAUCAAUCAGCCUAUGCGCGACUUCGAUGAAGGCUUCUAUCCGAACCUGAAGCGCAUGUAUGAUUAUCUCGGCAUCCAAUGUGAUCCGAAGAAGUUCCUCUUCAGCUUCUCAUAUAUGCCCAAGGCGGACCCGGGGGACCCAUCUGCGCAAGACCACGAAGAAGCAGCUGCUCAGGCCAAAGUGUCAUUCGUCCAUUCUUCAAAUAAUCACCAGCUCCCUCCCAUCCGCCCAGAAGGGUUAAGCUUAUGGUCAUGGAUUGGAGAGAUAAUAUAUCUCGCCUUCUUUUUCGCAUGGUUCAUCGUCGCUUGUUUCUGGAUAAACCCAGGUAAAGGACAUCGGAAACCCUCGACUAUGGAUCAGGAUUACCCGGAAUCACUAGAGGAGUACUUCCGCCGCAUCCAUCUUCCAACAUACUUUGUAGACCGAUACAUCAUACCCUCGUUUUCCAGCAUGUCAACAUGCUCGCACCGUGAGAUGCUCUCCUUUCCAGCCAAUGACAUAGUGCAGUACAUCCGGCGCACCUACGGCGCACCGCAUUAUCUUGUACGCGCUGGAAUUCGAGAAGUCGAACGCACCCUCUCCAAGGGUCUAAACAUCCGGCUCGGAGCACGAGUCACCUCUGUCCGUCAGGCUGGUACUUCAGUCAUGGUAUGCUGGGAAUCGACGUCUUCCGCGUCUGAGCUGGCAGGUGAGAAAAUCCCGCCCAUGUCAAGCUGCCAGAGGACAUUUGACCACGUAAUUCUCGCUAUACCGCCAAAUGCAGUGGGAGCAAUCUUCGAACCUCUCCGCGCAGAAACAUCCGUAAUACCCACGACAUCCGUUGAGGCAUUCAUCCACACCGACUAUUCUACCAUUCCAUGUAUCCGCUCGUCACCAUCACCAUCAGCAGAAGUAGGAACGGCUUCAAACGCAGAAAGCCAAUGGAUCCAUCUUCGGUCCACGCCUGAAUCAACAGAAUCCAUCCAUCAACAUCCUUCGUCAUACAUAAUAACAAACUCUCCCCUGACACCUAUUGAGCCUGGCAAGAUCGUCCAUCGCGCGUAUUUCACACGAACGCUACGCACACCACAGAGUAGAGACAUAGUUAAUCGUAUCUUUGAUAAGACAAGCUCCAUCUCUGAGGAGGAGAAAUCGGGGGAACACGAAUCACGGAAGAAACAGCCUGUUCAAUGGCGGAACGGGGAUGGGAACGUGUGGCUCGUCGGUAGUUGGUGCUGGGAUGGGAUGGUCCUAUUAGAGGGUUGCAUUGUAUCCGCCAUGCGUGUUGCCGAUGAAUUUGGUGUCAUGGUUCCCUGGGCUAAAAGCUGA